AGGAGAUGGCAAGUAAAACGAACUGACGUUUACUUUGUGCUCAGGCUGUAUAUAAUAUUGAAGUAAACCAUGCUAACGUUGGGUCGUGUUUAGUUUCUAGCCUUUUUUAAUCAAAAUUUGUAUAUUUAUGUAACAAUAAGAUGACACGUUGUUGCCGGUAAUGUAGCUUAGCUAGCUGAGAAGCUAGCCGGACUAACAUUAGUUCCGUCCGCAGCAGAGAGGAGCAUUGUGACUUGGAGGAAGGAAGGAAGGAAACUGAGAAGUUGGUUCGCUCCGUACAGCUGCCUUUGCGAAGUUAGCACAGUUCUGGACUGUUCACACUGUGACGCAUUUAGGAACGGUGACUAAAGCUGAGUACACUCUGUGAUAUUUGACAAUGUUUAGUUAAUUCGAUAUGUUGUUGCUUAUUCUAGCUAGGUGUUAGCAACAGGAGUUUUGGGUUAGCUGCGCCGUAGACGAGAGCUAGCCAAAAAGCUACAAACUUCAGAGGAAGUCGCGUAAAUUCUGGUUUGGCUUGAUAAUUGUUGAGGAACCAGGCUUGCUGGGUGUUUUAAACACUCGGGCAACCUGAAUAAGUGAUAAUUAUCUCAUGGAGGUGAUAGAAGGUGAGGCGGCGUUGACGGGUUUCACUGAUAUUAAUUUGAACAAUAGCGGCGUAGAUGUAGUCACACCCAGCAGAAGUUCCGAAAACAUGGACAAUAGGCAGACUUCUAGUCCGUCAUCUUCCGGAGUGUCUGGAGAUGACGAGGAUUUAAACGAGUUACAGACAAGUGUGGGUUCUGCUGUUGAAAACGACAACAAUGUGUCGGAGGAAAGUUCAACCAAAACAAAAGAAGCGUCCCAGAGACGGACGGAUAAUGUGCAGAAACAGCCGGCAGGAAGAAUGGUCUCUACCCCAGUAACCCUUCACCAGUCACCGUUAACUCCUGAAGCCUCUGGAAGUCUUGAGCGUCAAGAGUCGGUCACCACAACCGAGGCUCGUUUAAGAAUGGAAGGAGUUGAACUGAAGGAAGAGUGGCAAGAUGAAGAUUUUCCACGGCCUCUCCCCGAGGAAGAGGAGCUGGAAGAGGAGCUUUUUGCUGGAGCAUCCGAAGAGGGAGAUCCUGGCUAUGCAAUGAACCAUGAGAAGAAACCAAGGAAAAGACUGUCUGCUCCUACAAUCAACCUCACACUUGAUCGCAGCGAGGGUUCAAUCCUGUCCGACGAGCUGGAUGAAAGCACAGAGCUGGACCUGGACGACAUCGACACGCCGUCCGACAACAGCAAUGAGUUUGAAUGGGAAGAUGAUCUUCCCAAGCCCAAAUCUACAGAGCUGCUUCAGAAAGGCGUUCAGUCGGUUCCAGAGUACUCGGCCUCGGAGGAACGCGAGGAAGGUCGGCGCUGGAGAGUAUUCCGGAUCGGAGACCAAGAUCACAGGGUGGAUAUGAAAGCCAUUGAACCUUACAAAAGAGUUAUCUGCCAUGGAGGUUACUAUGGGGAUGGUUUGAAUGCCAUAAUUGUGUUUGCUGUUUGCUUCAUGCCGGAGAGUAAUCAGCCAAAUUACAGAUACAUCAUGGACAAUUUAUUUAAGUAUGUCAUUGGAACACUGGAGCUCUUGGUUGCUGAGAACUAUAUGAUUGUGUAUUUAAACGGGGCGACUUCACGGAAAAAGAUGCCGACCGUCGGCUGGCUCCGAAAGUGUUAUCAACAGAUUGACAGGAGAUUACGGAAGAACUUAAAAUCUUUGAUAAUCGUGCACCCCUCAUGGUUCAUCCGCACCCUCCUGGCAAUCACAAAACCUUUCAUAAGCUCUAAAUUUAGCCAGAAAAUCAAGUAUGUUUACAGUUUGACGGACCUUGCUGAACUUGUCUCCAUGGAUUAUGUUUCUAUACCCGAUUGUAUCAAACAGUUUGACGCCGAAAAAAAUAGGAAAAACCAAAAAAGGAUCGACCGUGAUAUGCACAGCAAAGCAGGGAUUGCUGCCUCUGCUGCUCCGAAGUGACUCUGCAAGACGUGGCAAACCGUCAAAACAGUCGCAUUCGUGUUUUUCUUCAGAAUGAUCUGUACACACUAUGUUGCAUCAUGAAAGUGGUUUUUUUUUGAAGAUUUUCUGCCUGUUACAUCAUCACUUUUUUUUCUGUAUAUUUGUAUCAAGCAGCUUAAUCCUCUGUUUUUUGGAAUGGUUUUAAUCCUUUUAUUUACCCCUGUCUGUUAUGUCACCUUUGGGUUAUUGGUGUUCGUUCGUUUCUGUUGUAUCCCCACCGCGGAAGUCACUCUGUUACAAGUGCUUAAUGCAUGUUCUGCUUUAUUACAUUUAAAUAUAUAUAUUUAUAUUCAAACGGUGUCAAAGGAGAGAGAUUAAUAUAUUUUUAUGGUCUGAUUUUUAAAUGGAAUUUUAGGUCUCUGAGUCAUAGAAAGCCUUUUGAAUGGACCUUUUUGCCGGUGCCUACUGCUGACGUUCUCGCAAAUCCUGCCUGGAGAAAAUAAAGCUUUAUUUUUUUGGGCCAUAUUUUAGUCAAAACUUCUUGAUGCAACCAUUUCCAUGAAAAUGUCAAAGUGGAAACUUGCAACUGGUUAUAAAAGCAGAUAUAUUUAAGCCAAACCAGGAAAUCAUCAACAUUCAGGUUAACUAUGGAGUCAGGAAAACAAAUUAAAAUACUCCUCCGUUAUAAGGGUACUUGUUUGGUGGUGGGUGGGUAUUUGUGAGCACAAUCUUGUCAUUAUUUCCUCAAAGUAAAGCUAAUAAGCCACA